AAAAAACUUGUAGGCAGUCAAAUAGAUUGAUCCCAUGAGAAGAUGCAUGGUGUAAUUCUAACUCUUCAAAUCAUGAAUUGUUCCUGUUAGAAUCUUUGCUGUAAUUCGUAAUAGUUAGAGAGCGAGUGUUGUCAAAUGAUGGAGGCAAAAGGGAUUGCAGAAGAAGUGGAAUUGGCAAAGAAGAGAUGCAGGGCCGUGAUUGGUAGAAUAGAGGGAUUGCCCGCUGCGUCCACCACCCUCACCGGCUCAUGCAGGCGCACUCUCCUCAAACUCGCCCACUCGGAGCUCGCUUUCCUCUCCCGCUGCUCCACCACACGCCUAAGUGUCAAUAUUGGGCACCUCGAGGCAGUCGUUCACAUUCUCCAGCAGCCUUUUGUAACGGGAGUUUCUCGAGUUUGCAAGCCAAUUCCUCUAUCACCUACAGAUUGGAAUGGGCGGGGAACCAAUUCUUGUUCAAAAGGCGUCCAUGUUGAUGUAGUUUGUACUCUCAAUGGGAAACCCGUGUGGAUUAUUGUCUCUGAUAGGAACCCAAGGUACAUUUCUUGGGAUAGAUGCCAAAAGACUAAGGGCUUGAAAUUGCGAAUUGAAGAAGUCCUUACUGCAGCCCAGUCGAUGAUAACAUUGAAACCUUCUUCCAUCAUUCUUUUCUUCGCGAAUGGACUUGGAAACUUUGUUAAAGACAAACUAAGAGAAGAAUUUGGGGCGUCUGAGAUUGCAUUGCAGUUUUCUGUUUUUGAUUUUGACUUCUCCGAAGAUUUGGAAGGUGAGUGGAUAAAUGUGCUUGGUAGAUUGUAUCGAGAGGCAUGUGUGCUUGAAAUAAAGGUUGAUGAUAUUGGUGAUACUGUUUCAAGUUCUGGAUGCAAUCUCAAAGGCUCAAGUGUUGCUGCAGUCAUGCCAAGGAUUUUUGAAGAGCGAUUGGAGGGGAAUGUGGGUGAUUCUUUCCAUUCACUCAUUUUGGGGAUGAAACUCUGCCCUUUAGAUUUCAAAAAUGUGGGAUCUUCUGAUAUAGGGGUGUUGUUAGGCGAAGGUGACCUUAUAAAUUUUGAUACUACGGCUUUGAUUGCUCUUGUAUCAGGGAUUAGUAAUGGUGGUACUGAGAAACUUUUGGCUACUCCAGAGAGUGAAUUAAGGCAGCGUUUUAAGGGCAACUUUGAGUUUGUCAUUGGACAGGUGAUGUCUGAAAUCCAGAAUCCAUUUCGUGUGGAACUGGGCAGUGUAAUAUCUGAAAGGAGAGGCAUAAUAUGUGAAAGUGUUCAUUCGGAGUUCAAGGAGUUGGUAUUAAUGUGUGGAGGGCCUAGUGAGAAGUUCAGAGCCAACCAAUUACUGAAGUGCCUGAUGGUUGUGCCUGAUAGUCCCUCACAACGAGUGAUGGGCCUCCCAACUACCAGAAAGCUGGCAUUGAAGAACAAGGUUGUUUUUGGCACUGGUGAUUACUGGCAUGCUCCUACUCUGACGGCGAAUAUGUCAUUUGUUAGAGCAAUUUCCCAGGCUGGAAUGUCCCUGUUUACUAUUGAGCAUAGACCACGGGCAUUAACUGGCGAUUAGUCAUUCAUUGGCUUGGGACAAGGUGUUGAGACAUGCUCCCAUAAAUAUCGUCUGCAGGUAAUAGGAUCUCAUAGUCAUUUGGACACUAUUGAUCUAUAUGCACAUUCAUUAACAGCCAGUUGCACAGUAUUACAGAGUUGACAAACUCAUUAUCCAUGCUAACAGUUAGCUGCUUCAAUUAAUCAUAGGUGUGAAAACAUUUCCAAUGAAGAACAACUUGUUAUUACUACAAAAAUAAUUGUGAUUCCGAAGGACCAAGUGAUGGUCAUAGUGUUAUAUAAUGAAUUAUCUCUCUCCAGGCCUAAUAAAUAGAAACAUUAUAGUUUGUUGCUCUUUCCUAGUUUCAAGAGAAACAAAAAAGACGUAACCUGACGUAUCUUUCUUAUCUGACUUAGCACUUUAUAUAUUUGCCCUUUCUUUUUGUUGUAAGCUUAAGGCACAACACUCUUAAGCUACCACAUAGAAAAGAAACAGAAAAGUAGCAUGAGAGAGUUAGCCUAGCCACAUGAAGGCAGCUGUUGAACAUGAAAAGUUGCAAUCUUUUUCUUUCAUCAUGUUCUCUUUUGUGUUUUAACGGCUUGAGAAUUGUGUAAAAGAAAAAUUACGUGUCUUGUAUGUGAGUGAGAUUAUGUGUAUUAGGUUUUGGGUUUAAGUGAUUUUUCUUCACCAUAAUUUUGUACUCCAU